GAAGCCCAUUCUGUAAAGGAGUAUUUAAAUGCCUAUAUAUCUCUGAGCUCAAGACUCAUGGUCUACCUGGGGCAGGCUUCUAGAAAAGUAGUGGUAGGAAUUCACCUGAAUGAAUAGGAAGAGACUGAAUCCCAAGACUUGCCAAGCCACAUUCUAAGGAGGGUCUGUGAGGAGGACUGUCAGUGUGAGGGCCUUUUACUGGAAGAGAAAUAAUCAAACCCCAAAAUAGUGGCCACCCUUUGGCUAAUCCCCAUGUCUCACCAUUUUGCUUUUGAGCUACUUGUCUGAUGCCUCUUCAUCCUUAAAAGCUUUGAAAAAAUGUUCCUCCAUAAAUACACGAAAUAGGCCUUUGACUGAUACCUCAGCCCUGUGCCUGUUCUAAAACACAAAGAACCACCUUCAGUUCAGUUCAGUUCAGUUCAGUUCAGUCGCUCAGUCGACCUCUUUGCGACCCCAUGAAUCGCAGCACGCCUGGUUAGGUAUGGAGGCCAGCGGAACUUUAAGAGCCGGGCUGACGCGGAAGGGAAUCCGGACGGAAGGCAGCCAUUCCAAACCACAGCGGGUUUAAGACUUCCGCCCCUCAGAGAACUUGCCAGCACCCUCACCUUCCACGUCCGCCUAGCUCUAGUUCUGCGCAGUCUCCUGGCAAGGUUUGCCGUCUCUAUGGCAACCCAGUAGCUGGCGUCGGAAGAUGGAGACCUCUGAGUCUACUGACAGAUCGCAGUCGCGAUCUUUAGACUUACAGCCCAGCUCGGACAGACUAGGGUCCAGUUCCGAUCCCUUUUCUUCUUGGGAUGGCCGUCAUAGAUCGGCCCUGGUAGCUGCAACCGCAGCAGCUUCAGCAGCUGCUACAGCCGCCUCCACUGCCAGAGCAGCUGCAUUAUCGACAAAGAGCCCAGCCCCCUACUCUCAUGGGAGCCUGCUCACGGAGCCCUCCUCUGACAGUCUGACAGAGCGCUACACUGGACCCGGAUUUACCCACAAGAUAAGCCACGGGAGACUCGGCUUUCAGCCUGUCUAUGUUUCCCAUGUUGCUCGGAAUCCCUAUACUACAAAUGACCUUAGAUCUAGUCGUGGCCCUGUUCCUGGCUCCAGUUCUGGCCCUGUUCCUGGCUCCAGCUCUAGCCCUGGUCCUGACUCCAGCUCUGACCCUGGACCUAGCUCCAGUUCUGGUCCUGGUGGUAGCCCUGGCGGUGGCUCAGGUGGAGAUCCUGGCCAUGGCCCUGGUCCUGGUAGUGGCUCUGGUCAGGGUCCUGGCGGUGGCUCUGGUCAAGGCACUGAUCUUGGUCCUGCUGUUGAUUCUAGGCAUAGCCCAGGCCAUGGCCAUGGCCCUAGGUUCAACUUCUCUGCUCCUGUAGGCUUCAGAAACCCCAGGGGAGAUCUUAUCCCUAAUUAUACUGGCUGCAAACACCACUGUCACUGGGAGCCGCAGAAACAAUCCUGGAAAUUUUUGAAAGUCUCAGAACCUGGUGCCCGAGGGCUGUGGAAGCCCCCCGAAGUUGAAGGGAAGAGUACGGUUCUCAGUGAAACACUGCCACGGGGCCAGUGCCUUCUCUACAACUGGGAGGAGGAGAGAGCCACCAACUACCUGGAUCAAGUCCCAGUCAUGCAGGAUGGCUCUGAGAGUUUCUUUUUCCGACACGGACACCGGGGACUGCUGACCCUGCAGCCACAGUCACCCAUGUCCUCCUGCACCACCCAGAAAGACUCAUACCAGCCCCCAACAAGCCACUGUCAGCCAAUUCGAGGGAAGCGUGAAGCCAUACUGGAGAUGCUCUUGCGCCAACAAAUCUGUAAAGAGGUGCAGGCAGAGCAGGAACCCACAAGGAAGGACUUUGAGGUCGAGUCUGUGACACACCACGACUACAAAAAGGAGCUGGUGCAGGCAGGGCCUCCCGCCCCAACAAAGCUCCACGACUACCGUACAGAGCAGCCUGAAACCUUCUGGCUAGAGAGGGCACCUCAGCUACCGGUGUGUGAGAGUGACCGGCUGUUGGGAGUGGGUGAAAGGAGGGGAGGAGGCUGUUCUGUCCUGGGUUGGGGCAGAGCAGGCCCCGUCCUCAUUCUGGCAUUCCUCCAGGGUGUCAGUAACAUCAGGACACUAGACACACCGUUCCGGAAGAACUGCAGUUUCUCAACACCUGCGCCUUUGUCUCUAGGGGAGCCGUUGCCCUUUGAACCUGAGAGUUAUUCCCAACAAGGAAAAAUAUCUUCCCUUGCCUGUCAGGGAGGGGCGCAGGGUGGUGGAGGGGCUUGAACUACUCCUGUCUAAGGGCUGAGGAGGCAAGUAGAUGUGGAAUAUGGAAUCUCCUCUCUGUACUGGAGAGGUGGGGAGGAAGUGAAUUUGGUCUGUACUUGGUGACAGGGUUUUACAUAAAAAGUGUUCUCUCUCA